CUGCCAGUCUAUCUAUUCUUGUUUCGAUGGCUCGUCGUCGACUGGGAGCUACGCCGCUCUAGCUUGCCAACCUCUCACCUCGUCAGCCAGCCAUGCCGCCAACGCUGGGCCUACGACGGGCUUUACAGAGCCGCGGCCGCGGUCUCGGGUUUGGCCAGCGAACAGCACCGUCGUCCGUAUGUCUCUUCUGUUCCUUUGCGACUCGGCCUUCCACUUUUCCCACAUCGUCACCACUCAACAAGCUCCGGGCAACGAGGGCAAAACCACAAGAAGCGCCGGCUGUUCGACCACGAUACCAAUCGACCGGUGCCACCCCGCUCCGGCCCUUCAUAAGCUCGCCCUCCGACGUCGUCGAUACCGCCGCCGAACCAGAACCAAUUGAUCCCCGCAAAGACCUUGAGAGCGCUCUCCGCGACUUACAAACCCUCGCACCCAACCACGUCAAUCUCCCGCGCCUCCAGCUCGCCCUACGCAACCUCAGCCAAGAUCCCGGCCAUGAAUCGAUACGAGUCGCAUUCCUCGGCCUCACUACCGGCGACAAGCCUCAACACACUGCCAGGGAGCUGCUCCGCCUAGCACUCGCCGAUCCGCUAAAGUCCGCCCAAAACUGGGAAGCGCAACUCAAGGCCCACGACCCCUCCAAGCCGCUCAUCGUACACAUCGGCCCUCCCGAGGAGCAAGCCACGCCACUGUCGCUUGCCGCGAGCGAACAUGUUAUCCCCGAAAUCACCGUGCCGUCGCACAUCUACAACGAUGCCAACCUCGAGAUGAUAGUCAUGGAGGCCGACCAGGCAACCGUCGCGCAGGCGGGCGAGCAGCCGCACACCUUUGACGAGGCCGUCCUCGUGCCCGCCGUCGACACAGCAGCCACCACAGCCGGCCACUCGGCGCCCAUCGUCACGCCCGUGCACAUGGCCGUGCUGGUAGCCGACGGCGUCCUGGGCGCCGCCUCCAUCCUGUCACUGCCCAUCAGCCCAGAAAGCCAAGACACCAUCACGGCCGUCGCCAACUUCAAGAGGAUCAGCGCCGAAGAUAAGGCCGCGUGCCCAUCCCUGGUCAUCACUAGCGUCGAGGCUGGUGCACAGGGCCUCGACCUCUUCCGCGAGAGCGCUAGCAACGCCAUGAAGUACGAAGCCCUCUGGACCGAGGCCGGCGUGGGACACAUCAACAAGUGGCUGCGAUCCAACGUGCUGUCGCAAGCUGAGCAGGAAGGGACCACCAAGGCGCCCGUGCGCAAGCUGAUUGAGUCCAUCCUGCACAACGCCGGCGCGGCGCUCCAGGCGGCUGAGUACCGCGACAUGAAGGUCUCGGUAGAAGGGGGCCCGUCGCCGCACACGAUUGCGCGCCUGAACCAGGCGCUGGCGGACUGGGCCAAGGAUGCGCAUGAGGAGUUGCAGCAGCAGUUAGAGAUUGCGUUCGUUGGCGAAGCGUGGAGGCAGAUGAACUGGUGGAAGCUGUUUUGGCGGGUGGAUGACGUGGGUAUGCUGUCGUCUGAGAUGAUUGCCCAGCGGUUCUUGCCCGAGGCUGAGAAGCGCUUGAUCUUUUUGGCCGGCAGGCUCCAGGAAGCUGGCAUCACUACUGCAGGCGGGGGAAAGCCGGUGACGUACUCUGGCCCGGCGGUUCCACCGUCGUUCCCCGAGGGCGAGAGCAGUGUUGCUACUACUGCUACUGCUACUACUACUACGGAAUCAGAGACCAAGGGAACUUGGCCUGCGCAUAUCCCCUUCACGAGAAACUAUCUACUAGCGGAAACUGUUCCGGCCCUGCAAGCACUGGCGCAAAAGCUCGUGCUGCAGUCAUCGACAUUGGCGGGUGCUACCACUGCACUGGGCGGCAUGUCCUGGCUCUCUGGAUUCGGAAUAUAUGAGUGCGGAGCCGUCGCCGCGUUGGGAAUCGUGUUGAGUUUGAGGGGCUUGCAGAAACGAUGGGAGAGGGCGAGGGAUUUCUGGGAGGGCGAGGUCCGUGAGGAAGGACGCAAGGCUGUUCGCGCAACCGAAGCCAGUAUCGCCGAGUUGCUGGAUAGCAUUUCUCCUGAAGUUCCCGAGGAUGUGGCGGUUGAGAUCGAGGAGCUGAAGGAGGCCAAGAGUGUCCUCAAGCGGGCCGAGGAAGCGCUUGCGAGGUUGAAGUAGAAAUGAUGGGUUGCAACAGAUGUUUAGAAGGGCAUUCUGCCAACCUAACUUGGUCAGUUUCGGACUUCUUGUGCUUAUUAUUUCCCACAGCCCUAUCGCCCUGCCUGUUAGUCCCUUAGCUGGGUGUUCUGACAAUACGCCCUCUCCAA